AUGUCCUCCCCUAUAAUGAGUGACUCGCCGCAGCCCUCCCCGUCCUUUGGCGAGCGCAGAGGUCACCGUUUGGCCCCAUUGCAGACCAAUUUCAGCCGACCCACGGCCAAUCCCUUCCAGCCAACUUCCUCGCGAUUGCAGCGCCCCCGGCCGACCGAAUAUCCCAGUACGAAUGGCUCCGAGGGUCCGGUGCCGCUCCAAAGCCCCGUCAAGCGACAAUCGUCCAAGUCGAGCUUGCGCAACCUUUUUGCUCGUGAAAAAUCCCAACGUGCCGCUGCAGCCCCAGAUGCUAAGUUGGCCGAGAUUGACGAAACACACCCGCCUGCCAAUCCAGACCCCACGGAGGCGACUACCCAAACGGUGACGGCGGCUGAGACCCCUUUGUCCCCGGCAUUGACGAGUCCCCAAACUGUCGUAUCCACCCCGACAUUGACCUCACCAACCACCCCACGACCUCGAGCGACAUUGAAGACCGCCAGGCCUAGACCGGCGCAGACUGCUUCCAAGCCGCCCUCGCAAGAACAGUACGGAUGGAAACCGCCCCCACUCUUCCAGGCAUACCCGCAAUCUUAUAAACAUGAAUGCCUGGCUGCGCCGGCCAUGUCGGCGGACGCAAUUCUACGUCUCCAUGCUACUACGGGGAGAUCCGGUGCGGAGGUAGGGCCAGAUGAAGCGGCGGACGCAGCCCGGAAGAAGCGAGAACAGAAGGAGCGUAAACAUCUUCGGACAUUGUCGGGUACAAUCAACAAGGUCGAGUGGACUACGAAGAUCUACGUACUCGCGACGGCGGGCUUUAUCCUGCAAUACGCUGGCGAAGGGAAGAAUGACCGCCUGCCGGAGAGGAUGCUGCAAUUGGGCCCUCAAUCGGUAGCAUUUGCUAGUGAUGCCAUUCCCGGAAAGCAUUGGGUGCUUCAGAUUUCACAGAAUGGCGCGGCAGACAACGGCCCUAUCGCCCCCGAACCCGCCAAAUCGGGCCGCUUCCCACGAUUUGGGUUUCACCGAUCCAAUGCACGACGUAUGGCUGGUAGCUUUCUGUUGGUCUUUGAUAAUCCAGACUCCAUGAUCUCCUGGCUCACGGCUGUUCGGGCAGAGAUUGAAGCCCGGGGAGGUCCCAAGUUCACAGCGGAGAAGCACUCGGAUGACGAUCAGGAACCUCGGCUUCGCAGCAAGUCCAGUGCUCGCAAUAUUGUGAAGAAAGAUCCUAAUCGUAUCUCGAGUCUGUUCCUGCAGCCACAGGGUCUUCGUUCGCCCGAUGAAGAAGACGGUUCAUCGGUUGGUGGAUUGACCUGGCAGUCUCGACGAAGCUCAUACGUGUCCGUGAACCGCCAGUCCAUGAUCGACUCACGCUCUGGCUCGGUAUCUACGGGCUGGACAGAGGCCACGGGCCCCAAUAAUGGCUCCGAUGCUCAGUCGUCUUCGUUCACUUCGAUCAAUCCUCCCAGCUCGCCAUAUCAGGACGGCAGCUACCUUACUGAUGACGCUCGAUCGAAGGAUUUUGAUUCAACCUCAACCCGCAGCCCGCCCACGUCCAGUCAUGACAAUGCUAAACGCCAAUCUAUUUACGUGUCUCCCAAACCGCAAGACUUUCCUGCCGUUCCUCGCCCAGACGCGUUUCUACACAAUCAAUCUCCACCCAAUAUACCCGACUCAUUAGUCCGCAGUGCUUCCCCGCCAGCACCAAACUUUAGUGUACCUUCCUUCAGCAAGAAAUUUGUAUCCAGGCCGGGGCCACCUCCUUUGGCCUCUGCACCCACACCUCUCGCUGGUGUUCUCCGUCGGGGCGAGAGCACUGGAGACUUCAGCCUCUCCAGCCUCUCCUCUCCCCCACAGUCUCCUACGUACAGCAUUGCAAGCUCGAAGUAUACCGACUCUCCGGAAUCAAUAUUGAUCACGCGCGAACCCAACGGCCGACGCAUCCUCCGGCCCUCCAAUUCCGAGGAUGUCUUAUCAAGAACCAUGCGCUCGGCCCAGAAUGCGACAAAUCACUCGCGCUUACCGCGUGCUUUGGCUUCCGAAACCAGUCCUCCACCAUCCCGCCCUCUCAGCCUGGUCGGUCGCAAUGGAUUGGGCAUUCAGAUGAAUGGCGAGUCACCAGCCCAGAGUCUACCUCCAGGCGAACCAGUUCCAGUUCCAGUUCCACGCCCCCGAAUGUCCACCAUGAACGUGGACCAAACUCCGCACAAUGUGUCCCGGCGCAAGAGCAUGCCAGGACUGGCCAUUGGACCUCCCGCGGCCCCUCCACCAAACUGUCCACUCCCUAAAAUCCCCUCGCCCAUUGCCGCUCAACCAGCACCAGUCUGGUCCACCAGUCCUCCAGCAGAUCGUUUCUACCAAUCUCAACAGAUCCGGGACCGCAUACAAGACCGACGACAAAGCGGUCUCCCACCCAACUCUCCUGCCCAUCCUGAUGGCAAGCUACUCAAGCCAGCUACACGGCAAUCCAGGAUGGUCCAAUGA